UCCGGCGGCAAAGGAACCAGCUGCUGCUGCAGCGUGUAGCAGCAGCAGCAGCAGGAGAGGAGCUGCUGCUGCCUUCCUUUAACGAGGAGACAGUUGCUGCUGCUCUAAACCAGCUGGAGACAGAUGAUGCAGCAGCAGCAGCAGAGGCAGCAGCAGAAGAAGAAGCAAAUAAGCUGCAGCAGCAGCCACCACCUACCCGCCACAAGCUGCUGCACCUUAGCGGCCACCGCUGCUGCAAACGCUGCUGCAUGCGCUGCACGUUGCAGCGCAGCAGCAGCAGCAGCAGCAGCAGCAGCAGCAACGAUGUUGACAGGCCGUUGGGUAUGGUUUGCUGCUGCUGCUACUCCUUCACCCCAGUCCCUGGGGAGCGAGAUGUCCUAAGCAGCAGCAGCAGCAACAGCAGCAGCAGCAGCAGCAGCAACAGCAGCAGCAAGCGGUGGCAGCAGAGCAGCGAGCACAGCUUCGGGAAGGUUACUUCGGCUCCGCACUAUACCAGUGGAGACGACGGCAGCAGCAGCAGCAGCAGCAGCACCAGCAGCAGCAGCAGUGCGAGAGGGAGUAGUAGCAAGCCCCUCGGAAAGUCCUUGUCCAGACAGCAGCAGCAGCAGCAGCAGCAGCAACAACAACAGCAGCAGCAGCAGAAGCAGCGCCUGGCGCGGGGCCCAAACAGUGCUUUAAGCAGCAGCAGCAGCAGCAAACCUGCUGCUGCUGCUGCUGCUGGGUUCUUUGGGGGAGACAAGCGGCCCAAACCUUGGGCACCACGCCAGCAGCUGCAGCAGCAGCUGCAGCAGCAGCAACAGCAACAACAACAGCGGCCGCAGUCGUUGCUACAGCGACAGCCAGGGGCCCCUGGAGCAGCAACCCCCCAUGCUACCAGCAGCAGCAGCAGCAGCAGCAGCAGCAGCAGCAAGUUGCAGCUGAGCUCCUCCUUACCAGGCCUUGCUAAUCGGAGCAUCAGACAGCCGCUUCAAAACCCUCGCGGGAAGUUUCAGCAAAUGCUCGCUGCGGUGUUUAAUGCUGACCCCAAUACCUCAGCGGAAGGCCUUAGCUUAAAGACUGAAGCCCAGGCAAAGGAGCUGGUUGGUUUGCUGCCUCAAGCUCCCGAAGCGUUGCAGCUGCAGUGCAUCAGCUUGCUGCAGCGGGGCAGCCCUGCUGCUGUGAAGGCAUUCACUUCGUCUGGUGGUUUAGGGGUUUUAACAAAGUGGUUAGGGGCUCUGGGCGCAUCUCGCAGUCUCUCUGCUGCUGCUGCUGCUGCUGCUGCUGACAGCAGCAGCAGCAGCACCGCCACCACGCAGCGCAGCACACGCCUGCGGCAGCUGCUUCUCUUUUUAAAGGGUUUGCCGCCGCCUACAGAAGAGACAGGAGCAUCACAGCUGCUGUCGCUAAUUGCUGCUGUUGCUGCUGGACGAGAGAAGGCCCCUGUGUGGUUUGGCGGAGUGUCUGCUUUUAUUAAAAACCUCGCAGCACAAAUACUGAAACUCUGGCAAAAGGAAAAGCAGCAGAGUUCAGAGGGAGGGGCUGCUGCUGGCGCAGCAGCAGCACCACAGCCGAAGGUAGCAGCAUCAGGAGCAGCAGCAGCAACCGCAGAUUCUUUGUUAGAUGGUUUGCUGCUAGCAGGGUCUGAGGCCGAGCAGCGUCGGCAACGCCAGCAGCAGCAGCAGCAGCAGAAGCAGGAGGAGCCGCGCAGCGACGAAGUCUCCAGUGCAGCAGCAGCAGCAGCAGCAGCAGCAUCAACAGCAGCAGCAAAGCCACCAUUGGGGGCAGCAGCCUCUGCGGCGUGUGCUGCGCCAACAGCAUCGUCACCCAGCAGCAGCAGCAGCAGCAGCAGCAGCAGCAGCAGCGAGGAGUCUCAAGCUUUAAACAGCAGCCUAGAUUCAUUGCUGCAGCUGGGGAAGGCAAUAGAGAUGACAAGAGAGCAGCAAGUGGCGCAGCUAGCAGGAGAUUACUCUCCAACAGCAGAAGCAGAGCCUGCUGCUGAACCUCCUGCAACAGCAGCAGCAGCAGCUGCUGCUGCUGCUGCGGCGGCGGCGGCAGCAGGUCCUGCUGCUGCUGCUGCAGGAGGAAGCUCAGCACCGCAAGGCGAUCCCAACGAUCCCCAACAAGGACCAGCGCCCCACAAGACGGACAAGCAGCUGCGCUUUGCAGCAGAUUCGGGCCUCGUCUGUGGCGUGCUGUACGACUCUCUAGACCCUCCCAGCACCAUACGAGAGGCGCAGCAGUGCGGCAGUGACGGUCUCCGUGCAGCAGCAACAGCAGCAGCAGCAGCAGCAACAGCAGCAGGAGACAGAGGAGACAGCUUCGCUCUGCGCCGGAAGCGGCAUGAAGCCAACGAAACCCCAAGGGCCCGAGCGCUUUGGUGGGAGCCGCAGCCAACUGGGCCCUUCGUACCCCCGACCCGUAUUGCGUCUUCAUUGCUGAAGCUGCAACAUGUGCUGCAGCUCCCAGCAGCAGCAGCAGCAGCAACAGCUCCUGAGAGGUUUCCGGCACCGUCGAGUGUCUUUGCUUCGGUGCCUCCUUUUACUGCUGCAGAUAUGCGGGUGAUACACCCCUUAGCAGAACCCCCUUCUGCUGCUGCUGCUGCUGCUGCUGCUGCUGGUGCGGGCUCCCCCAAAGAUGCAAGGGGAGACGCUCCUUUACAGACAGCAGCAGCGUGCAGCAACGCAGCAGCAGCAACAGCAGCACCCGCUGGUGCCCGAGUUGAACUCUAUCAAAGCCAGCAGCAGCCGGUGCUGCUCCCCGUGCUGCAGCAGCCGCAGCAACAGAUGGGACAUCCUAUGCUGCAGCAGCAGCAGCAAGUGCAGCCACCGCCACCGCACCCGCAGCAGAUGCCGCAGCCGAUGCUGCUGCAGCAGCCACCCCCUCUCUUUCUGCAUGGGUUUGCUCCUCCUCCUCUUCCUGGUUUGCUGCUGCCCCCUGCUCCUCUGCCGCUGCAGCAGCAGCACAGGCCCAUGCAGCAGCAGCAGCAGCACCGCCAGCUGCUGCAGCAGCACCACCCCAGGAGACCUCCCGAAUACCGCGGCAAACACCACCGCAUGCAACAACAACAGCAGCAGCAGCAGCAGCAGCAGCACGGGAGGAUGGUUGGGCAGCAAAACCCUGACCCCCCCGCACCGUGGCGCGCAUAG